CUUAAAUAUAUCCCCUAAACAAUGUUAUUUCAUGCCAAAGAAACUUGCGAACAAAUUAUACAAAAAAACAGAAACAUAUAUCUAUCUCAGCUAAAUACUGGGGUGAGGGGGGGGCGACUGUGCAACCUGGCAGCUAUGCAUGCUCUCUGCAACUCUCUCCUCUUUUACCCUUAACCCCACACUCUCCCCAACACAAUCAUCUUCCCUCACUUUCUCUUUCUAGGUCAUUCAUUUCAUUCAUGUUUAUUCUCAAUUUCUUUGAUUUCUCACUCGAUUCAUGCCCCAAUUCUUCUUCUAAUUUGUAUAUAUUAGUAACUUCCAAAUCCAGUAACAACCUAUUUAUAUUCUUCAAAAUCUAACCUCUUAUUAACACUUUCUUUUUUGUUGUAUUGAAGAAAAUGAAAGUGACCCAGAAAGAUUCGGAGAAAAUAAUUUGGGAUCAGAUGAGAAGUCCAUCUGGAAACCACAUUUCUGUAACUGGGUCAUCACAAUCUAGAAUCUUACCUAAACUUAUGUUAUGGCUAAUCCUAUUUGUUACGCUCACUUAUGUUGUUUACACUCUUAAGCUUGUAGCAAAUUCCCGUUCUUGUAACAACGAACCUUUCUCUACUCAUCAUCGUCUCUCUUUAGUUUCUAAUGAUUCUUUAUUGAGCCAAAAUCGCACAGCUUUAGCCAUUCAACGCCAAGAAACCCAUUUUGAAAAGACAGAGAUAAGCCAUGUGGUUUUUGGCAUCGCUGCAUCAACUAAGCUGUGGGAGAAAAGAAAGAACUACAUCAAGAUUUGGUACAAGCAUCAAGAAAUGCGUGGCAUUGUUUGGUUGGAUAAACCCAUGAAAUCCAAAGAACAAGAUGGCUUACCUCCGAUUAAAAUAUCGGCCGAUACGUCCCGUUUCGCUUACACAAAUCGCCAGGGUCACAGGUCAGCGAUUCGGAUCUCACGGAUCGUGUCCGAAACUCUCCGGCUUGGGAUGGAUAAUGUUAGAUGGUUUGUUAUGGGAGAUGAUGACACGAUUUUUAUAACUGAGAAUCUUGUUAGAGUGUUGAGGAAGUACGACCAUAAUCAGUAUUAUUAUAUCGGGAGUUUAUCGGAAUCUCAUUUGCAGAACAUUUAUUUCUCUUACGGUAUGGCUUAUGGUGGAGGUGGAUUCGCCAUAAGUUACCCAUUAGCUAAAGCACUUGAUAAAAUGCAAGAUAGGUGUAUUCAGAGAUAUCCUGGUCUUUAUGGAUCUGAUGAUAGAAUGCAAGCUUGUAUGGCCGAACUCGGUGUCCCACUCGCUAAAGAAACCGGCUUUCACCAGUAUGAUGUGUAUGGAAACCUCUUUGGGCUCCUUGCGGCACACCCUGUUACACCCUUGGUUUCUCUGCAUCACCUCGAUGUGGUCGAGCCCAUUUUCCCAAAUGUCACUCGCGUUCAAGCACUUCAAAGGCUAGUGAUACCUAUGAAGCUGGACUCGGCAGGCCUAAUGCAACAAUCCAUCUGUUAUGAUAAAUCUAAAGGCUGGACCAUUUCUGUUUCUUGGGGCUUUGCAGUUCAAAUUUUCCGAGGAGUCUUUUCACCCCGGGAGAUAGAAAUGCCAUCGAGAACAUUUUUAAAUUGGUACAGAAGAGCUGAUUACACAGCAUAUGCAUUCAACACUCGUCCAGUUAGCCGAAACCCUUGUCAAAAGCCCUUUGUAUUUUACAUGUCAAAGGCAAGAUUUGAUUCUUCACUGAAUUUAACAGUGAGCGAAUACGUCCGGCACCGUGUUCCUCACCCUGCAUGUAGAUGGAAGAUGGCUGAUCCCACUAAUGUUGACAUGAUUGUGGUUCAUAAGAAGCCUGACCCUCAUCUAUGGGAUAGAUCGCCAAGAAGGAACUGCUGCAGGGUGAUGAACUCGAAGAAAAAAGGAAGCAUUACUAUCGUUGUGGGUUUAUGUAGGGAAGCCAGGAGAAGAGCAAGGGCCAUGUGCUGCUAAGAUUUAAUUCACUCUUAAUUCCUGCAAAUGGUACUAUGGUUAGAUUGAGGGUAUCAUUCUUUCCGAAGAACAGAGCAUGUGACAUAAUAGAAAAAUGGAAUCAUAUGACAAAAAGUUGACCAUAUGAUAAAUCCUGCCUUUCUAUUGUUCUGUUAUGCGUAUGCACAUGACCAAUUCUUAUACAAAAGCAUAAGAGUUCAAUCGCAUAGCUCGAAUGUGUUUUUCUUGACUUGAUUUAAUAAUCAGUCGCAACUUCUUCAAUUCUAAAUUCUUAGAUCCGGAGCUCCAAAUUUGAUUAAAUGAAUAUGGUGUUGUUGUGUUUUGCCCAAAUGAAUUUUAUAAACUUUUUAUUAAAUUUACGUAUCAACUUAAUAUUUAUAUACUGAGUUGAAAUGAAAAUCUAUUUUAAUGUCUUA